GCUCCCUGGGACUGGUUUCUGAGGGCAGGAGAGAGGGAAACGGGAGCGAGGGGGCCCUGCCUGUCUCCCAGGGAGCUGCAAGUGAGCGGUCCCAAGCUCAGUCUGUGAUUUCACCUGCUUGGAGGGUGAGAGGCCAAACUGAGGAGAAGAUGAGGGAGCUGAGCAUGGAUUCUUGGAGAAAGCUAUUUUGGGAGAAGAUCGAGAAGGCCCACCUAAGAGACCAGUGGGACCUGAAGAUGCACCAGGACCUUGGUUACGACUGCCCGGCUCCUGGUUGGGUGCAGUCCGUGGAGGAGCACGCACGUGCCAGGUUCCAGUGCUCGGGGUGUGGGCACGCCUGGUCGUCGGUGCAAGUGAUCAUCCUGUUCCACAUGUGCCUGGACGGGUCCAGGGGACAAGGCUCGGUGAAGAUGAGGGUCUUUGGACAGAAAUGCAACCAGUGCUCUCGGUGCGACUUCAGCGAGCCAGUGUUCAAGGCGGAGGGUGUCGACAGGGUCUUGGAGAAGCUGGCGAUGAGCAUUCGGGAGAAAUGCUAUGGCGAGUCGGUGGACCAUAGCCAGCUGUUGGAAGUGGUGACUGGCGGGCACGGCGGGCCACAUAGGAGUGACGACUGUGAGGCUUGUCACCUGGGAAUACACAGGAAGACUCAAGGACCAGCACAACAUGGGGGGCACAAACACCCAGUGGUUCCCUGGGUACCCCAAACGCCAGUGCCAUCCAUUCACCCAUUCAGACCCAGUGUACCCCAAAUGCCAGUGCCAUCCAUUCAGCCCUCCAGACCCAGUGCGCCCCACCGGACAAAGCUUCUGAAUCAGAGUUUUUACAAAGAUUAUGAAUCACAACGCCUCAUCCAGCCCUCCAGACCCAGCGUACCCCACCAGACAAGGGUGCUGGAUCAGAAUUCAGGCAAAGAUUUUGAAUCCAAAUGCCUCAUUUGCUGCUUGACAGUGGAUUCCUGCUUUUUUGCUGCUAUUUUUCUUUGUCUUCUCGUUCUCUACAUCAUUCUCAAUUGAAAGCUGCUCAGACCAUGGGUGCGGGGGAGAUACUGAGUCAUGAAGAUUUUUCCACGUGCAGCCAGUGUGGUAGUUUGCUCAGGACGGGCGAGGUGGGGUUACUGGUUAUACCGGCAUGUUCGGGCUACUGUGGGAGAUGCGUCCCUCCCCAAAAAACCUUCAGGAACAGUUCUGCCUCUGAAGAUCCCAGCCAGAAUUGCACCCUGCUGUCCUGUUCACACAAAAGAAGGCUUCACUUGGAUAGUCAGAGGACAGAAAUGGUGGGAUAACCGAGGGCACCCCAUCAAUAGGUGCUACUGCAAAUAGUGUAUGAACAUCCCAAGAGGCAGACACCGUGUCUUCGGCUUGCCUGUCGAAUGCACAGAGCCAACGCGAUCAAUUCCUGAACCCAGGAAUUGAAAUGAAUAUUGCUUUUAAUGAUUAGUUCGGCUCUCUCAAUAUGUCGCCCUUGUGGUUUUUAAGUUAUUGGAUGUUAAAAGUGAACACUGGGAAAGAGGCAGGAUUUAGUCCCUGAACUAUACAAGGGAAGAUGCAAUAUCAUCGGGGCUUUUGCAAAGCCCUAUCUAUACCCAGUGCAACUCAUAAUGUAUAUUGCUUUAUUGCUGUGUGUUUUAUGACUUCCGUAUUGCCGCAGUCUUUAGCUUUGCUUGUAUAAGGAAUUACUUGGCCCACAGGUCUUUAAUAAACACUCGAUAAGGCA